AUGCGCCUAUCAGGAAAGACCGUCCCAGAGCCGGAAGCUGGACGCACGAAUUGCUGCCAGUGGCCAAUCGUAGCGCAUGCCUAUGCCAAUGCCUGUGGUGAUGCCCGAGGCUUUGCGAAAUUAGCGCUUGUUCGGCGGCAUUGCACACUAACAUGUCCCGAAAGUCCCCUUACCAAUGGCCUGCUUUUCCUGCUUCUCCCUGCUCCUGGUCACCUGUUACUGCGAUCUUCUCGUCUCCCUGGCUCGUGCACGACUGCUCUUUCCCAAUUUUGGAGAACAGCUACCCGAAGAACCCCACGCGCGCCACAAUCUGCUGCAGUUGCUACUGUGUACAUGGCGUUUUCCCGUCGUCCUGGGACGUUCCGUCCAGUUGCUGCUCCUGCCGUCCUGGGCAACGACCGACCUGGACGGGCAGUUGGAAGCCGAGCCACCUGCCGUACUGAUGCUCUGCGGAUGCAUGUCAUGGAUUCGGGAAAUUACGACAGAACAAUGCUGUAG